CAAACCAUAUUAAAAACUUCAAGGUACAAGUCAACGUCAACGAUCAUCCAUAGGAUUUGUACGGCAAUCAAGAGUUACAUCUCCGCGUAUGCUAUAAAGCAACCCUAACCUUAAUCCUAAAGCCUAUGCAAUGAAUACACCAAAGAGAAAAUAAAAUAAAAACAAACAAACAAAAAAAAUCCAAUGAACAACAACUCAUCUAGAGCAGGCCAGUGGUUACAACACUACGAACCACACCAAGUUCAAGAGAUCACUCCGUGCUUCAAUACCAUUAGUAUGAUGUCACCAUCAGCAGCACAUGAAACAGCCAGAAGGAGAUCUAGGGCUCCGAGGAGAGCCAUACCAACUACUCUCCUAAAUGCAAACCCAAGCAAUUUUCGAGCUCUAGUUCAGAAAUUCACUGGACGCUCUGCGGGUGGUGAAUCCAACCGUGGAAAAGGUCCGGUCACUCUGGAUUUUAGGUCUCCAACUACACUCUCUAAAGAAGGUAUCUUUCCGGUCUCCGGAGACCGGAAUAAUUAUGAUGAAGAUCAUCAUCAUGCGCUUAACCGGCAUGUGAGUAGGGAGCAGCGUCACGUGACUUGGUCAGGUGAGGAAGCAACGACGUUGUACCAGUUGGGUGAAGAAAGUAGCUCGAUGUUUGAUCAAGAUCAUGAUCUUUUCGGGGAGUAUUCCGGGACUAGCAGUUAUGAUGAGGGUUUAGAUCAUAUGGAUUAUUGUUAUCAUGAUUUUUACCUACAGACGGCAACGUUGGAGGAGUUUAUGAUGAGAGACCUUGAUUUAUAAUAUAGCUUGAUUUUAAUCAUCUGAUUAUCAUAAAGCUGAUGUUAAUCAUGAUCAUGAUGAUGUUACUUUGGGGAAUAAGUAUUCGGGGAUACUGCUUUACAAGUCCAGUGAUAGCAUUUUCUAAAAAUAUUUGUUGAACAAGUAUAUUGUUUUCUAUUCCAAUAUAGAUGAUGUAAAUUUUUACGCCGAUUUUUUAAUCUCCGUAUUGUUAAUUUGAUUGAUUAAUUGUAGUAGAUAAUACUAUCGUGAUUAUACUUGGAAGAGUGAAUUAUAAAAUAAAAAUAAGUAAAGAUGUAAGAUGAUGUCGGAGACUUGGUCAUAUACUCCCUUGAAAACGCGUGUAUUUUCAAUGUUUUUAAUUGGUGAAAAUUUACAAACGUAAGGAGUUAUUUUAUUUAUACUGUAAUUUCCUCAGUAAAAGCCGACAGAG